AUGCAGGAAAGUAAGAAAUCAAAGAAACCUACAAUUAUAGUUGAACAGAUGCCUAGGAGGAAGUACUGGAGGAUGAGUGGUGCCAGGAAAGAGAUACGGACUGACAAGACUGAGGAGACUGGCCUCAUGAAAAACAGUAAAACACUUUCUGACCUGGACUUGACUGAGGAGACUGGCCUCUUAAAAAACAGUAAAACAAUGUAUGACAUUAAAAUGACUGAGGAGACUGGCCUCGUGAAAAACAGUAAAACCAAUGUUGACCCUGAGGAGCCUGCCCUCAGAGGAAGUCAGUGUACCUGCAAUGCUCUUGUUAUGCUGAUUAAAAGUUAUGAAGGGUUUUCAUUCUCAACAGAAUUUAUUGAUAGCACUUUAAUAGCAGGGGAUCAGGUUUAUGUUAUGUUGGUCAAGAAUUUGCAGCAAAGACAAAUGUUUCUAAACAAGCUACUUAAACUGGAUGAGUUGCCAAGUAACUUAACUUUAGGAGAAAAUCAUCAUGUCAUCGAGAAAUUUGAAACAAUGUGGGGAUUACUUGUCUCUGAAGAACAAAUUACUCAAGUGAAAUCAUUGCAUCAAGCUUUAGAAGAAGCUUUCCAGGUUUCUAGAUAUUUGCUGAUAAUGAUAGGGGCAAUUUGUUCUGGUGUAUACAAAGUGUCAGACAAGGAAUAUUACUUUUUUGACUCUCAUUCACAUGACAGUGCUGGCAUGUCUUCCUGUGAUGGUAAAUCAGUACUAGUACAAAGCACGGGUAUUGAUGAUUUGGUAUCAUAUCUGUACAGUAUGUAUAACAGUAUGCAUAUAGACUUUGCAAUGCAGUUUGAAAUCUUACCAAUCUCAAUUAAAACUUUGCAUCAUAGUUUUCCAGAGAAAAGUCCACUGCAGAAGAAUUUUUACAAAAUGGAUGAUCAUCUCUCAUCUGUUACAAAUCCAGAUCAAAACCUAUGCAGAAAAAGGAAAUUAAAAAGUCAGAAUGCUGAAAUAAGACAGAAAGAAAAGGAAAGAGAUGCAGCUGCAAGAAAGUUAAAAAGACAAGAUGCUGAAAUUAAAGAGAAAGAAAGGGAAAUGGAUAAGUUUGCAAGAAAGUCAAAGCGACUAGAUACUGAAAUUAAAGAGAAAGAAAGGAAAAUGAAUACUGCAGGUAGAAAGAUAAAGCGAAAAGAUGCUGAAAUUAAAGAGAAAGAAAGGGAAAUGGAUAAGUUUGCAAGAAAGUCAAAGCGACUAGAUACUGAAAUUAAAGAGAAAGAAAGGAAAAUGGAUACUGCAGGUAGAAAGAUAAAGCGAAAAGAUGCUGAAAUUAAAGAGAAAGAAAGGCAAAUGGAUAAGUUUGCGAGAAAGUCAAAGCGACAAGAUACUGAAAUUAAAGAGAAAGAAAGGAAAAUGAAUACUGCAG